UUAUAGACUUUGGCUACACUUCACAUUUCAGUGUCGGAGAAAUCAUUUCCGCUUCUUGCGAGCAGCGACGCAGAUUCGGUGCCGGCUUUUCAACUCCCGUCUAGGGUUUACUCUCGGGUCUCAACCAGAGUCGGAGUCAGAUAUUAAGCAUAACUCAAGAUGCAAGUCCCUUCAGGAGGAGAAAAUGCUUUGGCUACAGUUGGUCCUCGGCCAAUGGAAUGGUCCACUGUUCCAUAUAAUGCUCCUCAAGGACCCGGGCCAAAUGGGAAGCAGCGAACAUCAAGUCUGGAAUCACCGAUCAUGUUGUUGACGGGCCAUCAGAGCGCUAUAUAUACAUUAAAGUUUAAUCCAGCUGGAAGCGUGAUUGCUUCAGGGUCUCAUGACAAGGAAAUUUUUCUAUGGAACGUACAUGGGGAUUGCAAGAACUAUAUGGUUUUGAGGGGGCAUAAGAAUGCUGUUCUAGAUCUUCAUUGGACUACUGAUGGAUCUCAGAUAGUUAGUGCCAGCCCGGAUAAAACGCUGAGAGCAUGGGAUGUCGAGACUGGAAAACAGAUUAAGAAGAUGGCCGAGCACUCCUCCUUUGUCAAUUCAUGUUGUCCUACAAGAAGAGGACCACCACUAAUUGUCAGUGGAUCGGACGAUGGAACUGCGAAACUUUGGGACAUGCGUCAAAGGGGUGCCAUUCAAACAUUUCCAGAUAAAUAUCAGAUAACAGCCGUAAGUUUCUCCGAUGCAUCAGAUAAGAUCUUCACAGGCGGAAUCGACAACGAUGUUAAGGUCUGGGAUUUGCGCAAAGGUGAAGUGAUGAUGACACUUCAAGGUCAUCAAGAUAUGAUAACUGGUAUGCAGUUGAGUCCUGAUGGUUCCUAUCUCCUUACCAAUGGAAUGGAUUGCAAGCUCUGCAUAUGGGACAUGCGCCCAUACGCGCCUCAAAACCGAUGUGUCAAGAUAUUCGAAGGGCACCAACAUAACUUUGAAAAGAACCUACUGAAAUGUAGCUGGUCUCCAGACGGUAGCAAGGUCACUGCAGGUAGUUCAGAUCGGAUGGUGUAUGUAUGGGAUACUACUUCUCGACGAAUCUUGUAUAAGCUUCCUGGCCAUACCGGAUCUGUCAACGAGUGCGUGUUCCAUCCGAGUGAGCCUAUUGUUGGAUCUUGCAGUAGUGAUAAACAGAUAUAUCUCGGGGAGAUUUAAUCUACGUUUGAAAUCGUCGAAUCUGUACUGUUUUAGGUAAGAUUGAAGCUGAGAAUUCUGGGUAGUACGAAAAAAAACUUGUAUUUGAAACUUUGUUUCUGUAUCAUGAAUUUGCGAGAUUACUGUUUAGGGUUUGUAAUUCUUAAAUAUUUACAGGCAUCCAUUCUAACUUCACUUUCUAUUGGUUUUCGUUGC